AUGAUUCUCCACACAGAGCCACGACCUGCAGCUUCAAUCAACACUGCACCUCCAGAACUUGUCUAUCGUAUAUUCGAUUUUCUACUUCACGCAAGAGAUCCCGAUGAACCGACGGCUGCUCGCGUUGAUGACAUCCGCUCUAUCCGACUGACGUGUCGACGUUUCUGCCAGUGGGCCUCACCGCUGCUCAUCCCGGAAAUAACUGUCGAUUUGACCGAGACGUCUCUGGAGCGCUUCAGGAAUGUUUCUCAUCACCAAUUGAUCAGCUCUGGGGUGCGCAGCGUUCAUGUCAAGCUCCCGUACUACGAUCAACGCAUGGCAGCCGACCUCAGCCACUUCGCCUAUUCUCACAUGGAAGGUAUGAGUCAAUAUCUUGACCACCUGAAAAAUGUGAUCCCGGGCGAUCUGCACAAGAGGAGAUCCUAUAACGUGCCCGAUUGGGUCGAUUACGACGUACUUGAGUUGGGAAAAAAUAUGAUUUCUGCUUGGGAGCCAAUUUAUAACGCAGAGGAGCACCUGCAGUGGGACUCGUAUGAACGCCUCGAGUAUCGGAAAAUCUUAACAGAUGCCCAUCGUGAGUAUCAGCUUUUGUUUGAAGCGCAACAGCAAAUGCGAGAGAGCGGGACCUUUCUCUCCACUGUUGCAACCGCCAUGGCGAGAAUGCCUCAUGCCGAUAGGUUAGAGAUCACCGAUGGAGAAGAUGAUAUUUUCAAGAGAGAUGGCUACCUUGUCGACCGAGACUACAGCAUAUCUCUACGAGCAGUCAUGUUGAGACCUCAUACCUGGUCAGACGCUUCAGAUCUCUACCCCGAUCCUGAUUUCAAACCACCAAUCGACUUGUUACACAGGCUUCCAGUUGAGAUAUACAGAGCGGGAGUAACCUUGCGAGAGUUGAAACUCCGGUGCUCUGCGCCCUGUAGCUACGCCAAUCUCUCCAUGUCUCCCUCUGAGCGACUUACACUCGUCAAAUCGCUUCGGGACUUGCAAACGCUCCAUAUUGAAGCAGCGAAAGCAGCCAUGACGGGAUGGUUCUUCGACCAUCAAGAGGAUGCCUUGGAAUUAGUCUCAGACUUCCUCUCAGCGCUGCUCGAGCCUUCUCGUCUCAAAGAUCUCACCAUCAAUUCUUUUAAUUUACGCAGUUUAAAUGAACUGCUUGCCGGAGCACAUAACACGCGUUUGAAACGGUUGCAUCUGGUUGGGGCUAGAUUAAAAGCUGGCCAACUCGGAGAAUACCUAGGCCGUGUUGAAGGUCCAUGUGAUGUUGUCCUGGAACACGUGGAAAUACUUGGUGGGAGAUGGGCAGGCGAAGCUGAUGAGCUGCGGGGUCUGUUAAGAGUCUCAACAACAGUUGUUAAGCCUUUUGGUGACGAGUUUCGUCGCGGGCGGUCUACGAACGUGUGCAGUGCUGAGGAGGAGAGGAUGCUUAAUAAUUACCUCCAGGGAGCAAGUUCUGUCAAUCCUCUCAGAAAUAGAAACAUGUAG